GGCGCUGUGUUGCCAAUCUCACCCGGUUAAAUCAACUUAUUCCUGACGUCCUCGUGUACUUUUAUCACCCGUUCCAGCUUUCCCUCCUCAAAGUUCUUCAUCAUUGUCUUCAACUAUGGCGUCAUUCGGAAUCUGGACGUCGCGGCUUUCCAAAUGCUCCAUUGUGAGCGUUGCAAAUUCACUGAACGACAUCCAGAAACGGGAAACGCGCUCUUUAGCACCAGGCUGGUCUGCAAGUCACCAGUGUUUGAAAAAGAAGGUAGUGACCUAAAGGAUAGGACCGAUCAACAUGAAGGAGAAUGCUUGCGUCGAGACCGAUCAGUCGAAUAAGUUAAGGAGCCUUGCUGGCUACUUACUGUCAGAUUAUCGAGACUGUAACUCUUUCGUACCUUCCCCGAUAGCCCAAACAAUAUUGGUGGUAUUAUCGCUCCAUACGGCGGAGUUGACGAAGCAAUUGAGACAGGCUAGCCCAAACCACACCAUAAAUACUCACUUCGGACAUGCAAAGACAACCGAAUGAGGAGGAGGAGGAAUGCGAUAAGUGUGAACGCGGGGGACGAAGCGAUGACCGCAGCAUAUAUGCUAUCCAAAGGGAAUCUGGAGUGAAGAAUGGAGAUAAUGCAUAGUUUAAUGGGAUGAAAGUCGAAAUUCAACUUAGUCCAAAGUACUUGAGGUCGAAACUUACGAUAUUCUACACAUUGUCGCCCGGUGUUCCGAUAUAUCGUGUAUUCCAACUUAGUGAUUAUCUCCUAUGCCAGUGACGACUGUGCACAAAAACCGCUAAAGCAAUUAAUA